ACUCCUGCUCAAAUGAAAACAUGACACCACUUGUAGUCCCCCUUCAGAGGGUGAGGUCUACUCAGUAACCGUUUUUCCACCAAGACGUCCUGUUCAGCUGAAAUGCAUUAAAUGAAGUGGACCUAAACUUUUUCACAAACAACAUCUCCACUUGAUGAAAGACAUUAAUAAGUCUGUGUGUGUUCACAUGAUGAAAGGGAUGAGUCUCUUAUCUGAUGUGAGUACACAGCGACGUGUUUUUGGCUGGGUUUCCAUCAUCUGGUUCACUGCAGGCAUUGCAGUCAGUCACGGGCUGGAGCUACAGACCGUUUCCCAGGUGGCAGCACGGUGUGGAGAAAAUGUGACACUGACAUGUAAUGUCAGCUCACGCCUCGAUAUUAAACACUUUUCCUGGCAUAAGAAUAAAAGUCUGUGUCAAUAUGACAGCCAGCAUGAUGACCCCAAGGUUAAAUGUGAAUAUAUAGAUGAGCCUCUGCCACAAAGCCUCACUCUGACUCUCCUCAACGUGAUGCCCAGCGACCAGGGAAAAUACCUCUGCAAGCUGCGCUCCAGCAAUGGUGUGAUGUCUAGCACUACUGAUGUUAAAGUACAAGAUUGCCUUGAAACUUCUGGCUACUACAGAAAUGAGUCUUUUGCUGAGUGCUGGUUCAAUGGAGUUUACCCCGGUGGCGGCACUGUCCGCUGGUCCCAAAGAGAGCUUAACUUCACGGCCCCUGCCUUCUACCAGAAAGAAGAAAUGGACCAUCAUGGACGGUACAAUAUCUUGAGUCAAUUAGAUGUCCAGAAAGGAAAUUUGAACCAGCCGUAUACCUGCUCACUGUGGAUGCCUUCGACCAGUAAGGCGCAUUUUAGUUACGAACUACAUGUGGUUAAGAAAUUGAAAGGGUCAUCAGAAAGCAUGGUCACGCUGCAGUGGAUCUGUUUAAUAAUGGAAAUCAUAAUGGUUAAAUGUAUGACAUAAAGGGAACAAACAAACAUAAUUCAGACGAUGUUGAAAUAAGGAGCCACAGAUUCAUUCAGUAAAUUAUGAAGUGUUGGGUGCAGUUUUGUUUUUUAUUUGUUGUACAAUUAAGUGGGUACAUUUAGUUUUUAACCCAUUGUUACCUGCAUUUAAGAACUUGGGGGGAACUUCUCGGUAAAAACAAGAGUUUGUAGGGUUUUAAUUAGCAAAAAAAAUAGAUAUAUAUAUAUUUCACUGAUUAUUAAAGGUACUGUAGGGUAUGUAAGUUUGAGAAACCGGCUCGAGAUACACUUUUUGUUAUAUUCCAUGGAAUGCUCUUAACAUCCCGAU